CGAGGAAUUAAAUAAAUAGUUCUUCCAAGUUUUCUGCGUGAUAAAUAAAUAUAAAUAAUAGUUUGCUGUGCAUAAUUUUUGCGCAGAUCCUGUAAUUAUAUCUGUGUGUUAUAUUUUUAUAAUAUAAUUAUGGCACACAUGCUAAAUAUUAGUAAAUAUUUAAAGCGUGAGCGUAGACAAAGACUCGCGAUGAAAGCCCAUGUUCCAUCCCAGGUCAAUGCACAAAACGAAGAUCCAGAGUGUCCUACAGAAAUGGAAAUUGAUCCUCAAAAGCCAGGAACAAGCAGCGAUGGUGGCAGAGUUGGCAAAAAAGAAGAUAUUGCCAUUAAGCUUCCUUCUACCAGAAGUGAAAGAAAACGUGCAAGGAGCCUUAACAGGGAGAUAACUGUAUCUCCUCUGGAAGAAGAGGCUGUUCCAGAUUCAGGAGCAGGUCCUGCCAAACGUUCCCGCAGGGUUUCCAUGUAAAAUUUGGAUUUCUUAGUUAUAUUCACUGAUUUGUUUAUUUAAUUUCUAAGAAAAGUUAAUAUUAAAAGAAAAAUACAUAUAAUAAAAUAAUAUAAUAUGGAGUAAGAGAUUAUCUUGUUCUUGUAAUACAUGUAUUAUUUCCCGAAAAUCUA